AUGAGUCAGCGACGCAGCAGAGAAGAGAACGACCUGUCUCAAGAUGAUGGUGUCCCCGCGGGGAAACUGCGGAGGAUCUCGCGCGCUUGCAACCAGUGUCGAAAUCGUAAACAAAAGUGUGAUGGGCAAUCCCAUACCGAUCCCUUGCAGCCUUGUCAACGGUGUUGCCAGUUGGGAUUUACAUGCUCUUUUACCACCACCCCCCUCGAAAACGAAGUAGAAAACAGUGCAAUCGCCAUCAAGAAAGUUGGGAAGAUUCAGAAACAAUUACUAGAACACCAGAAGCGGAUUGGGGACCUUGAAGAAACCCUGAGGACUUUCAAAAACGCAGACCGGAUUCCAGAGAAUGGCGACAUGAAUUUACGAGACACAAAUCCCCCAAAUGAAGGCUUUAUCAGUAGUGGUGAUGUAUUUAAUGGGUCAUUGCCAGGUCUCAACGGUGAAGCCAAUAACCAAAUAUUUUCUCCCGCGACCACUCGGGGGCAAGAACUCUCAAACCAUGUCACAAAUCCAUCGGCAUUGGGUAGUUCAACGUCUCCUUCCCAACUCCCUGCAGAAACCCCUUUCACCAUGGAUGCUGUUGAUCUCGAUACACCGAUGUCUACGCUUCGCAAUAUCGCAUCGUUGUCGAAAGAGAAUGUUUCGGCAUCUCGAAAUAUGACUUAUGACCCAAUAUUUCCUAUGAUAGGUAGACAAGAACGGCGAGCAUCUGUGUUCGACCCUGUAACUCAGGGGAUUUUUACCAUGGAAGAAGCCCAGCAGUCUUUCGAUAUCUUCUUUGAACAUUGUCAUCCCAUGGCCCCGUUUCUCUGCAUCCAAAGCCAGCGUUCAGCAGCUCUUGUUCGUGAAGCCAGCCCUGUACUCUUCCUAUCAGUUUGCGCCGUAGGCGCACGUUUCUGGCAGACUGCCGACCGUCGGACAAACUACCAAGGCUUACAUGAAAACUACCGCGCUAUCGUUGCACUCCUAGAUUCAAGCCUGUCUCGCCUUCUUCUCCAACCUAUCCUAUCUGAUGUGACCCUUGACCAUAUCCGAUCACUGCUCCUCUACAUCCAGUGGAUGCCAGUCGAACAGGAGACACCAGGAAUAUGCCAGACUCGUUACAACGAUAUUUCGGCCUGGAGUGUUUUAGGUCUUGCAAUCCGUUACUCGAUCUUUCUCGGACUCGAUCGCUCAGCCGUAACCCCCUUUUCAACGCCCAACUCCAGUUGUCUAGAACAGGAAGACUUUUCUCGACUAAGAGUAUGGAUUAACGUCUUGACCUGUGACUGUCAUCUGAUGCUCUCCGCUGGCUUGCCAGCGUCAGUAGAUCCAGAACCAGUCACGAUGAUUGGGCGAACCUUUGCUUCGCACGAGAAAGCCCUUCAGCCGGAUGAUUCGAGAGUCGCAGCCAUUAGCGAGUUGGUGGCAAUCAUAAAAAGGGCCGCAAAAAGUAGUGGCGAUCCAAGAUUGAGGGUCUUGGAUGCUGCGAGCUUGAAGAAGGCAAAUGCCGAGUUUGACAAUUGGGAGGCCUUCUGGACUUCAAAGCUCACGAGAAGUUCAACAUCCCAGUCCCGGUCCUCGGAACAGUCGACUAACAAAGCUGUAGAUAAUUGCCAACACAAUCAAAUGCCGUUCACGUCCUUACGGUCGUAUCGCCUCGCCAUCAACAGUGCUGGCCUCGGAAGUAUGCUAUCGCGGAAACAGCAGGCCCACGAGCCCAUGCAACUGUCUCUACUGCAAGCCCUCGAUGCAAGCCUGCUAGCGGCAGCUCAAACGAUAUUCGCUCUCUCAAACGAGACAAACACACAGUCUUGGACACGGCAGUCUUACUCUCUCACAUCGUUCCCACUCUGCCCGUUUACCAUUGACGAGACGGCACUUGGCAGAUUCCGCUUUUCCGUAGACUCGUCGUGGAUUACCCAUAGUUUUGCAGCUGUUUUUCUGGUGUUGUGCUAUGCGCGAGGAGCUAUAGAUGACGAACUCCGAAUCCUCCACCUCCUUCCCCACCCCUCCCCCAGCAUAACCACCGCGCCCUCAAUCCCCCGUCCCCCAUCCCUCCUGUACCGCCUCACAUCCCUCGCGUCCCAGAUCUUCGACACCAUCUGCCGCACCUCAGCCACCGCGCACCCCGCCGCCGACUACCGCAGCAUCAUCCAAAACGUCUUCGCCCUCAUCCUGGGGAAUGCCGGCACUGGCACAUCUCAAAUCAACGGCAGUGGGGGUCAACCGGAACAGCUGUAUGCAGGCAAUGCAGAGGCGUUGCCAGAUCAGAUGGGUGUGGAUGCAUUGUUCGAGUUGAUGUUUAGUGAUUCUGCCGGCUUUAAUUGGCAGAGUACUGGAUUGUUUAGGGAAGAUGGGGGGAUGACGGAUUAUUAA